ACACCAUUAACAAAACAACUUGUCUACUAGCACUAGCUAGUUAGCUAGUCAGUAGAUAGUUCCACAAAUUAUGUAGCUACCCGAUUCAGGCAAUGACACUCCAUUUGCGACUUUUUGUAUGAUCUAGAUUUGCAUUAAGGUCAGUGCCAGCUAAAGCGGACAUCGCAGAACCACCUGCAAGUUUGUUUGUGAAAUUAUACUUCACACAUUCAUUCCUGGCCAUUAUGGUGGACAACCGUUACACUACGGCUCUGGUGAUUGGGUCGGUGCUUAGCCUGCUGGCCUGUGUAUACCUGUCGGUAGCAGUGGGCACGCAGCAUUGGUGUCAGUACCACAGCCCCCCAAUCAGUCAUGAUGGCAGUAAUGCCUCUGAGCUGCGGAGCUUAAAGGAAGACUUUCUUGGAGAGGAGAUGGACGAGAAGACCUACAGCGACCCGCUCUUUCGCCUCAAUGGAACGCUUGGUCUCUGGUGGCGUUGUGUUCUUGUGCCUGUCGAUACUCACUGGUACAAAGAACCAGAACCCAAAAUGGUGACGCAGUGCGUGAGUUUUUCUCUGCCACAACAGUUUGAGGCCAAAUACAGAGAGCCUGGGAACCAUAACACUGGAGAGGACCUCAUCCGCACCUAUCUGUGGAGGUGCCAGUUCUUGUUGCCUCUGGUGUCCUUGGGGCUGGUGUUCCUAAGUGGCCUCAUUGGAGUCUGUGCCUGCCUUUGUCGCAGCCUUACCCCAACAUCAGUUGUUGGAGUGCUCCAUCUUUUGGCUGGCUUGUGCUCCCUGGCGACCGUGUCUUGUUUCCUGGCGGGGGUGGACCUGCUGCAGGGCGUCUCUCAGCAGCCCGAGGGCCUGGACCGCUCUCUGGGCUGGUCGCUCUACCUGGCGCUCAUCUCCUCGCCACUCCAGAUGAUGGCCGCUGCCCUCUUCCUGUGGGCCGCCUGCAGCCACCGAAAGAGCUACACCCGCAUGACGGCGUACCGGGUCGCCUAAGUAACAGCAGCAUCAGUAAACCUGCCCAGACCAUGGCCCUUAAUAGGAGUGGAUUUGUCAGCUGUCUUUUCCUGGAAGAGCUUCUCUCCACAACUAGUCACUCUGGGGUUACUGAAGACGUGAACAGCUGUAGGCUUCCACAGCAUCACUCUUCUAGUCCUUUUUAACUUCCUGAAACCCUGCUUUUAAUGUUCAUCCCUUUUAUUCUGUCCAGCUGUUCUUUCACUUAAUCCAUCAGAUACUGUAGGUAAUUUAUAAACUGUAAUCUGGGGUAAAAUUUGAGAUAAAUUAUCCUAUGAACAAAAUGUAAGGUAUAAAAAAAUAGGGAAAUCUUUGCAGGGAUCCGUUAGUUCUUGUGUUUGUGCAUUUUCUACAGGGUGAUUGAUGGCUCUCAGGUUUAUGACUGAGAUGUAGCCAGAGAGCUCUGCACAUCUGUGCUUUUUGUUCAGAAAGUCCCUUGAGCAGCUGUACGUUUUACUGGUGCAAGGGAACAUCAUGGAAACCAUUCAAGCAAGAGUACACUUCCAUAGCAACAGCAGACCGCUACCAUGAGGGUAUUUAAUCCCAUCAAAUUCAGCUCUACCAUGUUUAAUAUCAAGAUGGAUGGAACCGUUAGACUGAUUAAUACAUACAAAUGCAUCAAUGAAUUAAGUACACAAUUGAAGACCGAAAAGCUGUGUUUCUGUAAUCUAAACUUCUUGACUAAGUUUUUAAUUAUUUUUAUGAAACAUGGUUUUACACUUGUUAAAUCUUGACUUAAUUAUGUUGAUGACUAUUGGAUGGGACUACGCUGUGGGUAGUAUGUGGUUGAGUUGAAUGAAGUUGGAUAUGAAAACUUGCUGCAUAGUGGUGCUAUUGACAAGCCAAUUUCAUUAUUGUAGCAUUACUGAAAUAGGACAAACUAAGAACACAUAACGUAAGCACACCUGGAGUCACUUUUCGUUAUUGCAUGUACCUAUGUUGAUGCUUUAUUGUGUGGUAGAAUGUUGUGUGUGUGUGUGUGUGUGUAUGUCUUCCUGUUUCUGAAGUAUUUCUUUUAUUUUACAUUUUGCUUUUUUGUAUGUGCAUUUUCCCCUCAAGUGUGCUUUCAUGCCCUCACUGGGAUAAACUGCAGUAACAUUGGCCUUCUCAUUUUUACAUUUUAAGCAAACGAUUAUGCAGUAGAAUUGUUUUAGUCCUGAUGUUUCUUUCGUCUCUAAAUAGUUUGCUGUUUUAUUGAUGUCUUUUUUUUUUUUUGGUUGCUCUUUUUUGUUUAACAUCCUUUUGUGGUCUUGAAACUGUAAUUGCUUUUGCCUAUUGGGUUUGUCAUGUGGUUGAUAUUUCAGAUACUGUGGUCAAACGUGUUUUGAAUGCCUAGACAUGGACUUGCAGCACACCACUCUUUGCUAAUGUUAUCAAUAUUUAUUGAGAUUAUAUUUGUUUUUGUUUUCCAGCUGUGCCACUCCAGUUAACCUGUGUCUUUUUGUGAGAUCUCUACUUGGUUUUGUAUAUGUGAGUGUGUUUUCACCAGUCCAGACUAUUGUAAAUGUGGUUGGUAGCCUGCGAGAACUUGGGAAAAGUAGACAAUAAGUCGGAUUUCUUGUGUGCUGGCAAUACACUAAAAUCAGUUUGACAAAUACCUCACUUCAAAGAGUUCACAUAAUCUGAAUAGUGAGUUUUUGUAUGUGUUUUUAUAUUUUAUACAGUUCAAAUGAACACUGUUAGUAAUAAAUACCAGGCUUGCAAUG